GAGGGUUGGUAGGAGUCGUCAAAUUUAGGAACAGAACUUAGAAGUUGAGGAAGUUUUUAAAAUGUGGUUAAUUUUGCUCCUAAUAUGCUUUCUUGUUAUUUUUGCCACUCUGUGGUAUUUAAGGGUUGUGAGUAAGACUUCGUCCAAGGAAAGGAUCGUGAUAUUGUGUAAAUUUCCAAGGCCAGGCGGAGUGAAAACUCGACUUAUUCCGGGACUCGGAGAAGCAGGUGCAGCACGCGCACAGCUGUACAUGUCAGACCACAUGCUCGAUGUCCUAUCAGAGUUUCAACGGCAACGAGUUGGCAUAACAGUUGAAGUGAAGGCAUUCGGAGGUUCAGCAGAUCAAUUCAAGUACUGGCUAGGGAGGAAACUGUUUCCUAGGCAAUGCUUCAGUUGGUCCUUUCAAUGCGAUGGCCACUUGGGGAUCAAGAUGGCCGAUGCUCUCAAUAGUGCCUUCAAUGAAGGGAGCGAAUUUGCCGUUCUUAUUGGUAGUGACACACCUGCCGUCAAUGCUGACAUCUUGGAGACUGCCUUGUCCAAACUACGCAGCCCUGACUGUGAGAUGAUCCUUGGCCGAGCCCAAGAUGGCGGCUACUACUUGGUGGGCUUCAGGAGACAGGUCAAGGAGAGAUUAGGGGUCCUAAAUGACAUCUUUGAAGGCAUUGAAUGGAGUACAUCCACUGUGUGUCACCGGCAGGCUGAGAUAGCUACCGGGCUGGGGGUCAAAGUGCAGCUCAUGCCACAGAUUCUGCAAGAUGUGGAUACCCCAGAUGACCUGCCAGAGUUCGAGAAAUCGGUGGGAGUAAGUGUAACAGCUUUGAAGGCUCCUGUACUUUCCAUAGUGAUACCAACGCUGAAUGAAGAGGAAAACAUAGAGCGCGCUUUACGGUCCAUCAAAGAGAAUAGUUCCUGGAUUGAUUACAUAGAAGUUAUCAUCUCGGAUGGCGGGAGUACCGAUAGCACUCUGGGAAAAGUGGACGAGUUUGCUCAGAACAAUCCAGAAUUACGAAUCAAAACAGUGCGGGGAGGUCGAGGUAGAGGCAAGCAGUUAAACGCAGGCGCUAGCGAAGCUACCGGAGUCAAUCUCUUGUUUCUCCAUGCUGACGGCAGCCUUCCUCUGGCGUUUGAUCGACACAUCUUACUGACUCUGGCCGAACCGGGGAACAUCGCUGGGGCUUUCAAUUUAGGCUGGGAUGUUUUACAAGGAGACAAAAGAAAUGAUUGUAGCCGGUUGAUCAGUGCACAGCUUCAAUUGGGUCAACUCUUGCACUUAGCUUGCUAUAAAUUCACAGAGACUGCAUACGGAGACCAAGGGAUGUUCAUGUCCAGGAAAAUCUUUGAGAAAGUUGGCCACUUCCCUCCAUACCGACUCAUGGAAGACUACGAAAUGGCUUUGAAACUGCAGAGGUACGGGCAUUUGAAGAUACUUCAAGAAGUGUUUAUCAUAGCGUCAGCUCGGCGUCUCAUCAAAAAAGGAGUGUGGAAGGCAAGGUUUAUUAAUUGUCUCAUGGUGAUGGGUUACCACAUGGGCAUCCAUCCGGAUACUUUGGCGAACUUCUAUUAUGGUUGACCUCAUAAUGGAUUAUUGUUCUGAUGAUGUGAUGCAUCAGUGGUGGUGUGGAGUUUUUUAUCAUGAUUUGGUGCGUUGAAUUCAACAACUCUUUUGUUGGUGAUUUUGUAGAUUGUGGAUUUGAGUCCAGCCUGUUGGGAUGUGCUCACAUGUAGUGCUUUAUACCUAAGGUCUCAAAGCGCUUCACAAUUAUUACCCCUGUUCGUCAGGCCAUGAGACCAGUUUUUGCAGCAGCUCGAGAUCAGCGCAUUCUGGUCUCUACCUUCACAGGUACCCAUUUAUGCUCCUGGGUGGAGAGAGGCAAUUGUAGUGAAGUGUCUUGCCCAAGAACACAAGCACCAUGUUCACCGUCAGUGUUUGAACCCAUGUGCCGUACCACGGUACCUGAGUCGAAUACUGUAACCAUUUGACCUCAACGCUCCAAGUGCUUCUAAGCCUAGGACACCUGACCUCAUAACGCACGUGUGUAUGAGGACAGGCAACAGCCUCAUGCUUCUGAUAUCUGAUUGGUUGCCAUGCACCUUGGCUGUACUGCCUUCCCUUUAGUUUGAUUGGCCCACUUCCCCUGACACUCAUGCGUCGUGCGUAAUGCAGCACCCUAUUAGUACAAGAGAAGAUAUUAAAAUCAGGUUGACCCCUACAUCAUAGGUCGACCUGACAAUUACCGCGCUGGCCGUUAUGUGUGCACACCGGUAAAAAGGCCUAAACCCAUCCGCCGAGCUCAUGAAUAAAGGUUAUACCCUCAAAUAUG